AUGCUUCAAUAAUCAUAACCCAUUCAUCACUCGGUCAUUAAAUAUGAUGAUGAUGAUGUGCCAUUGAUGUUUGAAGUCUUGCCUUUUGAAGGAAGAGGAGACUAUACUUAUGAGGAAUUUCAGUAACUCUAAGAGCGGAUAGUUUCACAUUAAUAGAUGAUGGAGAAUUACAAAGUAAAUACUUGGGAAACUAGUCAUUAUUAUGAAACAAUUACUGUUGAUAAGUGUAAAUCAGCAUUCUUGGAUAGUAAUGAGGAGUACCAAGGUAUGAUAACCAUGAUUGAGAUGUUUAAUGCAGAAGUCUUAAAUGCCUAGCAAAGGAAUGCAAGAAUACGUAAUGGAAUGUGGAGACUAUAGUUUUUUCGUUCUCUUGCCAGCAUAAUCAGAGAGAUAUCAUUUUUCACUCGUAAUAGAGAGUUACAAGCUAAAUUCAUAACAAGAUGUUAUAAUUGGGCCUUGGAAACAAUAACCAAAGUUGAUUAUCAAAGUCGUAAACUCGACAGUGAUUCAGGACCCACUCGACCACCAACAGGAUAAACUAAAAGACCCUAUAGUAGUGUAACUUAAGCUAAAAGACCUCAAAGUGCUCUAACUAUCAAAAGUAUGCGCCCAUAAUCUGGAUAUCCAACUACUGUGAUCGAUGGAUAUGCAGAAACUACUAUUGAAUAAACUCAUCCAGAUAGACCUGAUUCUGGUGUUACUGGUACUAUUCGUAUUGAUUAAAUGGAAUCUCAAUAUAGCAAAGGAACCUUACUUCCAGGAGACAUAAUUUAAGAUUAAUUACAUGAUUAUUAAAAUGGAUUUAGAACAAAACAUGAUUCAAUGCCUCCACCAGACCAAAGACUAACAAAUUACAAAAGAAGGAUCAUUUAAAAUUUUCAAGCGCCCAGACCUCUAAGUGCAGUGGAUAAUACUGAUAAAAUUAAGAUGAAAUCAACAUUUCCAAAACCAAUAAAAUCAGCCAAACCUAAAGCCAUAGUUGAAGAGAAAGACGAUGAAGUAUUUCAAGGAGAUCUUGCAGAUAACAAUGAGGAAGUGCUAUUAAAUGAGGAAGAUUUGGCUGCUAGAUAAGCUGAGAAUGAGGCCAAAUUAAUCAUUUAAGAAGAGGAAGCUAAAAAGAAAGAAAGGACACUUGAACCACAGAUAAAAGUGUUUCUUAAUGAUGAAUAAGUAGAAAACAAUUAGAAACCUAGAAACUUGGAUUUCGAAACAAGAGAUGGUUUUCAAUAGUAUUAAAAUUCUAAUCAACCUGAUGAAUUGAAUGUUUAAAAGAAAUAUUAGAAACUUAGAAAUAAAGAGGCGCAGCAAAAAAGAGAGGACGAAGAACUAGUGGCUAUGAUGCAUCAAUGGUCGUCCAAUAAGGCUAGGAUUGAGAGGGAAAUGAAUAGGAGAAUAGAGAGUGCCACUUACGGUAAUAGAUUCAGAGAGUUGGAAAUGAAGGAAAGACAAAAUAAGGAGAAGGAUUACAAAGAGUUAGAUAAAAUCCAAAAGAAUCAUCAUUUAAGUUUGAGUAAGAAUAAACCAAAAUGGGAAGAUGAUUUAAGUGAUUUAUCAGAUGAAGAAGAAGAAGAAAUGAUAUAAAAUAAUAUUGAAAUAGAUGGGUAAACAGGAUUGAUUGACGAUGAUGGAUAGAAGCGGUAACCUAAAAGAGUACGCCCUUAAACUUGUCAACCUAGAAAUUUGAAUGAAAAACUACCUAAUUACUAAAAAGAACCUAAAUUCAUGAAUAAUACUGAUUUUAGAGGACUUGAAUCCCAAAUCUCAAAACAUAAUAUAAACAAAGUCAAAAAGCUUCAUGGCAACAUCAUAGGAUUAUAGGAAGAAGAUGAAGCAAAUCGUCUCAAACCUGAAUAGAGUAUGUCUAUCUAUGGAAAAUAAUUACCAUUAACUCAGCAAUAAAAGAGACCCUUGUCUGCAAUAUUGGCUGCAUAACCCUUGGAUUAGGUGCGUUAUGAUCAAUUAUAAGAAAUAGAAGAGAUCAAAUUGAGAUUGGCUAAGAAGGGGGUUGCUAUUCCUGUUUAAAAAUUAGUCAAUGCAUUAUUGAUUCCAGAUCCAAUAAAUCUAAAGGAUCCUGAAGGACACUCUUUGCCACCCCCUGGAUUUGGAAUGAAAGUUGAUCCAUUUGCUAAGAAAAAAAAGUCAAAAAAAAAAAAGAAAAGUAAGAAAUGA